UUGACAUAUAUAUAACAUUUACUAUUCAUAUUAUUAUACAUAUUUACCUGUAAUAAGCAAAAUUUUUUAGACAUAAUCAACAACCUGUUAAAACCAGAGAUAUACCAUAUAUAUUAAAUACCAUAUAUUAGACAUAGAAUAUACGUUCUAUGGUUAAAACGUGCAUUUUAAAUAAAAUAUGAUUUUAGUCACCCUGCAUUUUGUUUCCAAAUAUUCACUGCAUUGUUGGCAAAAUAGACACAAUCAAUCAGUCAAUCCAUGUUUAUAAUAAAAAGUUCAUAUAGAGCUACAUAAUUUUAAAGCAUUUCUGUCUAGAUUUGCAAUGGAUUUUGAUAAAAAAGUUAUAUUAAAAGACAGGUUUCAUACUGAAGAUUUGUUACAUGAUAAAAUCGACUGUCGGAAGUUUUGAGCAGUUUUAAUAGUAAGAUUUUUAACAACGUGCUCCGUUAGGCUAUAAUAGAUUUGUCGGUGCUUACGUAUUCAAAGCGAAUAAUUUAAAGAAUUUUUACAACUAGCCUGCCGUAAAAUAAUAAAUUAUACCAUGGCUAUGCGUCGGCCCCGUAUAAAAGCGGCUGCGCUUUUAACGACCAAGCGAAAAUCUCGGGAUGUCAAAUCUGAAAUUGGAGUGAAGCUUGCUAUUGUUGAAUGUUCAGAAGAAAUGAAUGCAAAGUCAGCUAAUCUUCAAGUUGAAAAUGUUGGAGAUGUUAGAAAUACAACUGGUGAUAAUAGUAAGGAUACUAAUCUCGCUGAAAGUAUUUCUUCUGAACACAUAGAAAAUAAACACAAUGAUGAUGCAACAGAACUAAAAUCUAAAGGCUCCAAUAUUGUAUCAACGCAGCAAAAAUCUUCCGCUAAAAUAUUAGAAAAUAAUGAAAGUAAUGAAGUUUUUCAAGAUAAGAUAGAAAAUAAGUUAGAAGAAUCUGAUUCUUCAUUUAAAUGUCCUGCUCGUGUCGAAUACAUACGGAGUAAUAGUCUAACUACUGGAAAUACGGGCACCGAUGAUGUUUUCUACUGCGAUAUGGAGGAGAGUAUUUUACAGUCGGAUAUGCAAAAAACUGCCAGUGAAUGUGCUCCAAUGCCUUCAAAGCAACAAGUGCGGCAAAGAAUACGUCCUAUUCCAACAUUUCCUAGGCGUAAUAGUUUUGUAGGUAUAGGCAGUCCUUCACAAAGCUCAUUAGACGACGCAACAGUGCCUGUUGAUAUACCAAUAGAUCAUAUAAAACCAAUUCUGGUAGCAGAGUCAUUGGAAACAACUAAUUCACAAAAAGUGCAACCAUUAACGCACCGGAGAGAGCGUCAUUAUUCAGCUUCAAUGGCUCAAUCACCUCAUACUCCGAACUCUGCCAUGAGUCAACACCAUUAUACUCCUCACAAAUUCACACCUGCAAUGGGGCUUAGUCGUAUACGCACAGAAUCCAAUUGUUCAGCAUUUUCAGAUACUUUCGUAACAGCACCGAAACUACGUAAAACUGACGAACAUAGUACUCGUACUAAUUCCAGGCGUGACGUCUCUUUGCGAAUUGUAAAUGGUAAUUUAGAUAAAUCGUCAUUAAAAAUGUUUGAUUUAAUUUACUACAACCCUGUCACAAAUCCCAUGGAGAAGCGAAAUACAAUUUCCACCAUUAAGAAAGAAACUACAAUAGAUGAAAAUGAUACGAAACUAUCAACCCCAGAGUCAAAAGUAGAAAUAGGUGAUGGAACAAAUAACGCUAUGCCUGUGCCACAACUUAAGUUGAAUGCAAACGGAGAUUUAAUUCUUGAUGAGAAAACUUUAGAAAUUGAAACCACUGCAGAGCAAGAGGCACGAAAAGUGCUGGCGAAUUCAUCGCUUAUAUUUCUUGAUGAAAAUACUGGAAUGAACGGUUUCUAUAAGCGUCAAAAACGCACUAAAGAUUGGCCACCGGAAGAGACUAUAAAGUUUUAUCGAUGUUUGCAAACGGUAGGAACCGACUUUUCACUAAUGUGCCAAUUGUUUCCCAAACGUACCAGACGGGAUUUGAAACUAAAAUUCAAGAAAGAAGAGCGUAAUAAUUUAGCGUUAAUCAAUAAGGCCUUGUUGUAUCCAAAGCUUUUUAACAUUGAUGAUUUAAAGACGCAGCUAGAGACUGAAGAAAAGGAGCGUGAAGAAGCGAUACAGCGUUGGAAGGAAAUACACGAAAAAGAAGCCAAAACCAUUAAAAAGGUAAAAAUCAACAGCAGUACAGCGGCGCGGGCACUCAAAAACGGGGACGAUAUAUAUGAAAAUGAAAAUGUUGUAAAGCGAAAGCUUAGUCGUCGAUCCAAUGCUACUGACAAGCAAAAGACUGAUAGCGGUAAAAAAUCAAGAACGUCACAAACCCAGCAAACACUUUCUGGUACCAAUGGAACAGAAGCAGUACCACAACAAACACAGAAAGUUAAAACAAAACAAGGUGUAUUGCAUAAUAAUUCUGAAGAAGUAUUGUCAAGUCAGCCCCAAGGUAUCCCACUGCCGUUGCCAACGCAGCCAAGUGAUGUCGCAUCUGUAAAACUUGAGGUUGUACAUGCACAAAACUAUACGAUUAAAGCAGAACAUCCCACUAAUGAAAGUAAUUGCUUCAACACUGAAAUGCCUUCGACAAACGUUGAAAAAAAUUUGGAAGUGCUGAGCAACUUAGAUGCAAUGGCAGAGGAGUUUAUUAACAUUAUAGCACCGACAAGCUGCGAUGCAACGCAACAUUUGAAUGAAAUAAUAACACCAACUAAAAAGAGUUGUUCACAAUCUUCUGCAGCAGUUGAAAAUAAAACAUUUGUCGAUUUAGACAAUGGAACGGUAAAUACGGUAAAUACGUUACAAGGAGAAGAGGAAAGUGUGGCGGUGUUGGAUGCGAUGCCUGCCACACCGUCUUCAAUUUCGCAACGAGAAGUAGACGAGUGUGACAUUCAGCAAAUAUUAAUGGAUUUGGCGGAUGGUUCUUUGGUUCUCGUUUCCACGUUAGAUCCCGACAACGCAGAUCAAGUGGUGAACGAAAUUUAUAUGAUGGAUAAAGUUACUGGGGAAUUGUGUGAAAAGCCGUUAGAUAUACCGGAGUCAAUAGUGCAGUGCGUUUUGUCUGUGAUGAACUAAAUGUAUAUUGAUGAAAAGUUGGUGACGUACAUGGUACAAAUAAGGACUUUUGUAUUACUAUGUUGAUGAGUGGUGAAUUUGCCUCAAAGUUUCUCUUAUGCAUUUUGAUUGUUCCAAUACAUUUGCUAUAGAUAUUUGUAUUAAGUUUUUUUUUAUUUUUAUAUUUAUAUUUUAUGCGUAUAUGUCGAAGUUUUGUAUUGUCAAAUAAAAAAUACAGUGAAUUAUAAUAAUGGAAAA